CUUCCUCAGUAAGUGCGCACAUGCAGACACCGAGAACAAUUCAUAUUCUUCUUGCUGACAGCUUCCAUUAGAGCUUUGACGACAUGGAGAAGCGCGAUUUCGUGGAAAACAGAAGCCGGCGAGCCCCUGCGUAUCGGCGGGCCCGGCUACUGGUUGACUUUGGUAUCGGACUUGCGAUGUGGAUAUCCAGUGCAACAACGAGCACGAUCAUCGUCGCAUUACAAGCUCAGCCUAGCCGCAAUGUCCUUUUGAGAAGAUGGCAGGAGCUGGUCGUUGAGCCUGUAGAAGGCAUUUCAGAGUCGGUUCUGUUCAGCUGCAUUGCACUCGGUUCGACAGUCUAUACUGCCUCGUGCAUGCGGAUAUAUUGCACAGCCCCGAGGUCAGUGGCGAUAGUGUCUGCCGCGUGCAUCCUGCUAGUUUUCUCUGAGGCGUGUUUGAACGGCCUCAGAGUGACUCCAGUGGAGAGACUGGCUGUCGUGUUGCCAACCUUGAUCAACAUUGGUCUUAGUUGGGUCAUUCUUCACCGACUGAGGGAGCGCUCUGAACCUGCCGCGGCAGGACAGAAGCUGGAAGCAUGACCCAGCCCCCGAGGCCGCCUUGUUGGAGGCUGUGCUGUCUCCACCUGCGUUUAAGACGAAGGCAGACUUGAGAAACGGUACCGAUCGGUUGCGUUUUCUUUACUAUACCAUACGUUUGCAUAGAAAGAUGAAUACACACUUGAUCGCUAAAGUGACGGCCGUAAAGUGUGCCAUCCAGCGUCGCCGAACAUUAGCUUUGGGAAACGCAUGUUUUGGGGUGUGAGGUCUUUGUUUGGUGGCGUUG